AAUGAGAGUUCUACCAUUGACAUAGGUAAGGAUGUCUGCGGCAGUGUGCGGGAGCAAGAGAUCGUUCUUUGAUGAUAUUCCGUCGCCAUCGGCUUCUGUCUCGAAGAAGCUCCGGCGCUGCUCGCCUUCAUCUCCUUCUUCGGCUCGUUUUGCUCCGUUGCCUUCUCCCGUCGAUCACCUCCGUGCCCUCUUUCCUCUUAUGGACCCCGAGCUUCUCGAGAGAGCACUACUCGAAUGCGGCAACAAUAUAGACACUGCGAUCAAGAGGCUUCAAGAGCUUCACUUAGGAGCAUCAGAGGCUAAAGGGGAAAAGACGGGUCUUGUUGAGGAACUGGGUGCAACUUCUGAGAAGGAUAUAUUAACCAACAAUGGACAAGCUGCUGCUGCGGCUACUGUUCAGAUUUCAUCAGCCCCUGAAGCUCUGCCUGUUGAUGGUGCAGAAUGGGUGGACUUGUUUGUGAGGGAGAUGCUGAGUGCUUCAAGUGUGGGUGAUGCCAAAGCCCGUGCCUCUAAACUGCUGGAGGUUCUGGAGAAGUCCAUCAGUAAACAUGUUGCGGAGGAGGCAGCCCAAAUUUCUCACAAGGAAAAUAUCUUGUUAAAGGAACAGAUCCAAGUGUUGGUUCAAGAAAACACAGUACUGAAGCGUGCGGUGGCUAUACAGCACGAACGUCAAAAGGAGUACCAGGACAGAAACAAAGAGUUGGAACAUUUGAAGCAGUUGGUGCCUCGGUAUCAGGAGCAGAUGCGAAGUCUAGAGGUAAAUAACUACGCCUUAACGUUGCACUUGAGGCAGGCACAGCAAAGCAACUCCAUCCCGGGGCGUUUCCACCCAGAUGUUUUCUAAAAGUAAGUAAAACAAGGAGCAUGGCAUACAUAUAGAUGAGAUGUUUAGUUUUAUGAUCAUAGAAUUAGCAGCAAUAGUAGCAUGCUUAUGGUGACAACAAUGCCU